GCCGCAAUUGUCGAAAGCGGCGUGUUAGUAUGCUUUAUUAUGAAUGAUGUGUGUAAAAGUGAGUUUUUAUGUUGUUUAUUUGGAGGAAAUGGUUGGAAUAAAUUAAGUUAUUUUUAUUUCUGUUGGUUGGAGUUUUUAUUCAAAAGAUUUCGGCCUAUACCAUUGAUAUUUACUGAAAAUACCUUCGCUUGAAUAAAUUGCAGAUAUUUGGCAACUGAAGUGUUAGGUAAGCCUAAAUGAUAUGUAAAAAGGUUUCAGAUGAAAUAACUCCUGGAAUCGUCUUCACUCUUCCCCUGUCACACUCCACGAUGACGAUGGACUCUCUGGACAUCGCUGGGUCUGCCCAGCAGGAGUUCGUCACUGACAGCAACGAGGCCCUGGAGCUGAAGCUGGUACGCUGCAGAGAGGAUCUGGAGUGUGACGAUGCCUCAUUCGCCCCAGAAAUGUCGCAUCAAGUGUUUGGUGAUACAGAGACCAUCUUUGGCUACAAAGGUCUGCGUGUAAAGCUUUACUACUCGGCAGCCCGUCUUGCCACAUACCUCGGCAUGACUUACGAGACGAAGAUCGACCCUAAAAAGUCGCAGGGUGUAGAACCGGACGAAGUGCUGAAACCCGUGGCUGAUAAGCUUCCUCCGAAGUUCUUCACCAACAUUGACGAGUUUGUGAAGGCUCUUGAUAAGGACGCGUCGUUCCGUCCGUUCGGUGAGCUUCACCAUACAUUCUCACCGAAUUCGACAUCGGACAGCGACGCGUCACGCACCUUCGAGAUCUACUACUGCACGGCGCAGACGCCCGGCCUCCGAGAGUACCACCAGGCGCUGCAGACGUUCAUCCUGUGGUACAUCGAUGCUGCCAGCUACAUCGACGUGGACGACGACCGCUGGCGGUUCUUCCUCUGCUUCGAACGGUACAGCAGCGCUGAGGGCGAGACGCGGUACGCCAUAGCGGGCUACACAACUGUCUACGAGUACUACGCCUACCCUUGCAAUGUGAGGCCCCGCAUCAGUCAGAUGCUGGUGCUCCCACCUUUUCAGAAGAUGGGCCUGGGCGCAGAGAUGCUGGACGCCGUGUAUAGGCACUAUAUUCCGGACACGCGCGUGAUUGACAUCACCGUAGAAGAUCCUUCCGACAACUUCACGAGGUUACGUGAUUUCGUGGAUUGUCGCAACUGCGCCAAGCUGGCCGCCUUCCAGCCGAAGAAACUGAUGCAGGGCUUCGUCCCGGAGAUGGCCGAGGAGGCCAAAAAGUGCCUGAAGCUGAACAGCAAGCAGGUGCGUCGUGUGUACGAAAUCCUGCGACUGAAGGCAACGAAUGUCUCCGACAAGGAAGAGUACAGGAACUUCCGCCUGGAUGUCAAGAGGCGCCUGUACACGCCGUACCAGAAGGAGGACUCUGACAUGAAGAAGCUGCUGAAGGUGCUUCGCCCGGAGGAGCUGGCUCUCUCCGUCACCAGCCGGGAGCAGCGGCUCGAGACGCUGGACCGACUGUACACGCAGCUGGAGGAGGAGUACAAACACGUGCUGGAGCGAUUGGCCCACCUCUGAGGUGAGGGCGGGCCAUGUGCAUGAGAAUUUCCCCAUCUUUGGGCGUUUUGGGGUGACGCCUCGGAUUUCUACUGUUAAUACAAUGUACAUUUUCAUAA